UCCCCGUGCAGCUGUCCCCCGGCUCACCGAGUCUGAAUGGGGAUCAGGCCUCCUCGUCCUGUAGCCAGGAGGCUGCCCGUUAACCAGGCGGGCUGAGCCAAUCUUUUCUCACCCGAUGCGCAGAUCGGAAGCUUUCUUCACGGCUUUGGACAGAACAGCCGUCUAACACCGACAAUAACCCGCUGCCAGCCCGUCCCCGGGGAGGUGACCCACUGAGGCAGCAGAUCGGGUUGCUUUUUCGCCGAAACCGAGGCAGCAGAAGUGCUGAGUCACAGGUUCUCACUGGCACCGGAGCACAAGGCGAGCAGGAGGCGGUGAAAGCGAUCGAUCAGGCUCUUCCUUCGAUAUGAAUCAAUGAUCUACUAGCAAACAAGAAAACAUCAGCUGCUACUUGAAGCCCGUCUGGUCGUGCGCCUGUGCGGUCUCAUCAGGUAGAGAUCCGAAGCAGGAUCUCAGGAUCGAAGAGGAUUCAUUCCAGCAGAGCGAUUGUCGAUCCUGAUCUUGCCUGUCGGUCAUGUCCGGACCACGGCUGGCAGGAACCUUCCCAAGCUGUGUGCUUCCUCUGGGACCUGCUGCACCUUCAGCAGGAGCUGGCCGACGUGGGAGAGACGUGGGUGGGCUGUAUCCAGGGCAGCUGGGACGGGUCCACACUGAAGCCUCUUGCAAACACAGAUUUCAACCUUCCCGCCCCGACUACACCACCCUGCCCCAGCCUCCUGCAGGAGACCGCAGCCCAGAGAGGAGCUUCGACCAGUGGACCCUACAGCGCCUCCUCCUGGCCCGCCAGAGCAGCAGAGCCCAGGCCCCGCCCACGGCAGCUACAGCCUAUCAGGAGGCCUUUGGCUCCCAGUCUCUGCUCUCCUGUGAGUACAGCUCGUCUCCCACUGCUGGAGCCGCCUGGUUACGGCUACAGGGCUCCCAGCACACAGGCCUCCCCGAGCCUCAGACUGCUCCUCCGCGCAGGGGAGGAACCUGGAAGUGCUUCAGUAAAACUCCAGCUGAAAAGCAAUGAAGUAAAGCACAGGAACAGUAUGUGUUGACUAUUAUUAUCCUGCACAGUGAGGACAAAUACAGGAGGAAUUACUGGGUAUUUAAUGCCUCUGAAUUUUUUUUUCUCAAUGACAAACUUCUGCAGACCAGGACGAGAGAAAAUACCCCCCCCAUCAACCCCUCCUGCACCUGUUGGGGAGCUGCAGAGGCCAUCGCAGACCUGCAGGGAGAGACUCCCUCUCCGCCAGUAAAACCACAGCACUUCUCAGCAGCACAGGAGAGACAGAGCGAGAGGGCUUUGACCUCUCAGUCCCCUGCUUGCUUGGACUUGGGUCAUGUCAAAGAAGACUAUCAAAAACAAACGUGUGGGCUAUCUUCAUUUUAUCACAGUGAUGUAUAAACAAGACAGACCUCUCCUGAGGCAGUGCAGCAGUGGGCUGGGAGAGCAGGCUGGGGCUUGUGAAAGUGUCGCACUGAGGAGCAGGCAGGGCAGAGGCAGAAUACACCAGUUUUCUCAUGCUUAAUGAUAACAGCUUAUAACGAAGGGCAUGAUAUCAUGUAGAAUAAUUUAUUAGCUGUAAAUGGAUAGUAUAUUUUUUACAGCUUCCUCAAGAAAAGUACAUCCGUCUCUUCAUUACUCCGACUCUUUUACCUGACUAAUGGCUAUAACAGGGCUUUAAAAAUGUACAUAGAAAGACACAAACCCCAAAUCAUCUAUAGCUUUUUUUUGGUUUGAAGUUUCUCAUUUAUUUAAAAUAGUUCAUUCAUUUUGUGUGUGACAGGGUUAGGUCUGAAGUUGGCUGUUGUCAAUACCUGAAGUAUUAAAUUGAACAAUUACUUUUCCCUUGUGUAUUCUGCUGCUUCGCACAUGACCCUUUGACUCAAAAAGCAGUGAAAUUAUGAAAACAAGGGUGAAAUGUGACUUAAGGAAGGU